AGUCUGAAAAGGUCGUCUGCCGACGACUUUGAGAAACAAAGUUUGAAAAGAUCACACUUCCGUGGAGGAGAAGAAACAAAUUCACAAAUAAAAACCUUGAGAAGCAAUUCCAGUUUUGCUCUCCUUGAUUGUUAAUUCUCUCAUGGCGGCGUCAUUGCUUGAUGGGGCUGCAGUCGGGGCUGUGGCAUCGGAGUUGCUGAAGUUGAUUAUAGAAGAAACGAAGAAGGCUGUCCAAUUCCGGCAGCACCUAGAGCGGCUCAAGUCCACACUUGCAGACGUAAAGCCUGUGGUCGAAAGGGGAAAAGCAUUGGGUGAUCAGUUAACAGAUCGGCCGAGGCCCAAUGUUGUUAAACUUGUUGAACAGUUGAAUAAAGGGAAGAAGUUCGUCACAGAGUGUGAGACGAUUCCCAAGUGGAACUACAUCAAGAAGUACAAGUACUCAAAGAGGUUUAUCAAGCUGGAUGAAUCUCUGAGAAGCUUCUUUCAACUUGAUGCUCAGGCCGAUAUCUGGUGCAUUACCCAAGAGAUUAUGGUUGAACUCAAGGAACUGACUCACAGGGUUGGUGGAUUGAGUUUGGGAGAGAGAAAUGGUGGUGGUGGGUUCAAUAAUUCGAAUUUGUGUGCGGUUCCUGGUCUCCCGAGUCUGACUGUUGGAUUGGAUGUGCCUCUGAAAGAAUUGAAGAUAGAAUUAUUUGAGGAAGGUGUGACAGUGGUGGUAUUAUCUGCUCCUGGUGGAUGUGGCAAGACAACGUUGGCAUCCAGGCUAUGCCAUGAUCAAGAAGUAAGAGGUUUAUUCAAGGAAAAUGUUUUCUUUUUGACCAUUUCAAGUACACCUGAUUUGAAGACAAUCGUACAGAGAUUAUAUGAACAGGUUACCGGGGGUUCACCGAUCAAAUUCCAAAACGAAGAAGAUGCAAUUAAGCAGCUGGAAGACAAAAUGAAGAACAAACUAGAUGACAUGCUGGUGAUCCUAGAUGAUGUUUGGUCAGAAUCAGUAGUUGAUAAAUUUCUUUUCAGAACAGAAAGAUACAAGUUACUGGUAACAUCAAGGAUGAGAUUUCCAUCUAAGCCAACACAUGAUAUGAAAAUGUUGAGCCAUGAAGAUGCAAAGAAACUUUUCUGUCAUGAGGCAUUCUCUCAGAUAGAGAAUCAGGAGUGCGAGAUGAUAGACAGCGAGCUUGUAGACAAGAUAGUGAAAGGUUGCAAGGGAUAUCCACUUGUUCUUAAAGUGAUUGCCAGUUCACUGAAGCAGAAAAAAACAAUCAUAUGGCACAAUAUGGAGAGGAAGUUAUCAAACAGUUGCUUCAAUUUUGACAUGAACAAAGAAAUCUUAAAUCGUCUCGCAACUAGCUUAGAUUUUGAAGAUGAUACUGUUAGAGAAUGUUUUCUUGACUUUGGUUCAUUUCCUGAAGAUCAAAGGAUCCCCGUAUCUGUUCUUAUAGAUAUGUGGACUGAGCUCUAUGAACUAGAUGGAGAUGAUGCAUAUGUCAACCUCCUUGAACUUCACACACGGAAUCUUCUUAAUCUGGUUGGAACAACAGGGCAAGAUGUAUCUGAACUUUUUGGCUACUUCAACAAGCAGUACGUUGUUCAGCAUGAUCUACUUAGAGAUUUGGCUAUCUACCAAGGUAAGGAGCAGAAGAAAGACAUUAAAAAGAGUAAGAGACUUCUAAUGGAAAGAAGAGAAGAUGCCCUUCCCAAGAGCUGGCAUGUAGAAACUGAUGAAAGCUUCAGUGCCCGCCUCGUCUCUAUUCUUACAGGUGAGAAGUUUUCCUCGAGGUGGUGCCACAUGCAACUUCCUGAAGCUGAGGUUCUAAUUCUGGACUUCCUAGAGACAAACUACUCAUUGCCCUCAUUCAUGGAGAAUAUGGGAAAGAUGAAGGUUCUCAUCAUCACAAAUAAUGGACUCAGACAUGCCAAACUUUGUAAUUUAGAGGCACUUCAUCAUCUAUCCCAAUUGAAGAGAAUCAGGUUAGAGAAAAUUUCAGUUCCUUCCCUUUCUGACAUUGCAGUAUCCUUGAAGAAUUUGCAGAAGAUAUCGUUGGUUAUGUGUAAAGUUGGACAAGCCUUAAGGAAAUGCAGUAUCAAGAUCCCCAUAAUGCUGCCAAAUCUCACUGAGCUUGAGAUCGACUAUUGCGAUGAUCUAGUGGAACUGCCACUGGGGAUCUGUGAUGCUGUCCACCUAGAAAAAAUCAGUAUCACAAAUUGUCAUAGUUUAUCCACACUUCCAGAAGAGAUUGGGCGUAUGAAGGAGUUGAAGGUGCUAAGGCUGCAUGCAUGUACGGAAUUGAUGGAGUUACCACAGUCAAUUGGUGGCCUCCAAAAGUUGGUGUUCCUUGAUAUAUCUGACUGUGUGAGCUUGAAGAGGUUGCCGAGAGAGAUGGGUGAGUUGAAGGAGUUGAGAAAACUCGACAUGAGACGCUGCCCAGUCAAGGAAUUGCCAAGGUUAGCCUCUGGCCUUCAAAAUCUAGACACUGUGAUUUGUGAUGAAGAAACAGCCUUUCUGUGGGAACCCCUUCAGCCCCAUCUCUCCAAACUCAAGAUAAAGAAGAUUAAUGAUGAAAAAAGUUUGGAUUGGCUUGGAAAUUUAAAAUGAGGAGCCAAUGAAAGAAGAAUUCUGCUAGAAAGCAAGAAGGGACAUUUUUAAUUGUACUUCUGUAUUGCAUUCAUUUCCAUAAGAUGGAGAAAACUAAGUUUGUAUCCUUACUGGAUAUUUUGAUUUUUCACAUCAUUUAUU